AUGAGGCUUUGGCUUCAAUGGAUGUGUUUCUCUCAGUUUAUUCCAGCAGCUUUUGUCUCUCGCCGUGCAUUUAUUCCACGGUUCUCAAGCCUCUCGUCGCUAAUAUUGUCACUAACAUUCCUCAAGACGAAACCGGGUUCGCAAAAUUCCCAAUCCAAUCUUCUUCUUCAUUACAGAGACUUGAAACCUAACCUAAGAUUGACUGUGAGAGACAGAAUGGUCAUUGCCGAUGUGGAGGCUUUUGCAUGUGUUCUGCCAUGCUUGACGGUUAAGAUUAAAACCUGGCAACGCAAGAUCAGUGAUGGAGCAGAACGCGUUAACCCUCUCAUUGUCAAGAUAGCUACGGACAUACCGCAUGAUGAGUAUGGGCAUGACUGUGGAUUGUAUGUUAUUAAGUAUACGGAAUGUAUCAUAUACGGGAAGAUUGAUGAGACGGCUAAAAAUUUUGAUCCGAUAUUAUCAAGAUUACACCUUGCUGCUCAAAUUUUCAAGCAUGGGUGCGAGAAGCAUAUAGAAGAAUAUAAGACUAACUUUGACAUGGUUCCACGGUCUGUGAGGAGGGACGAGAAGAUGAAGGGUGUGCUUAUUGCUUGA